AAACAAACGUCAAAUCUUAUAAACACACGCGUUCGCUAUCGUUGUUUUGCUCGGUGGCAUGCUGUUUUAUUUCGAAUAAAGCCUUUAUUUGUGUAGAAUAGGGUAAAUACACAACCGUCAAAAUGCUAAGACGACAGGCGCGUUUGCGCCGCGAGUAUUUGUAUAGAAAAAGUGCAGAAGAUCGGCAAAAAAGUAUUCAGUCCAAGAAGGACCAAAUAAAACGGAGUUUGGAAGAAAACAUUCCCAUCCAUGGUGAUUUGAGGAAAGAAGCACUAGCUUUACAAAAAAGGAUCGAAUUUGAAGACAAAGGGCCGGAGCGAGCAGGUGUGAUUGGUGGAUUCAGCGGCGGCGCCAACACAAUCAGUUCUCAGGAUGACGAGUACAGAUACGCCGGCGUGGAGGACCCCAAGAUCAUGAUCACUACGUCCAGGGAACCUAGUGCGAGACUCAAAAUGUUUGUCAAGGAACUUCGGUUGAUAUUUCCAAACAGUCAGCGCAUGAACAGAGGUGGUUACGAGAUGUCUCAGCUGAUACACGCGUGUCGCGCUAACGAAGUGACAGACUUCAUCGUAGUGCAUGAGCACCGAGGAGUGCCUGAUAGUUUGGUAAUAUGCCACCUGCCAUACGGACCAACAGCAUCAUUCACUCUCUCCGGCGUGGUUAUGCGGCACGACAUCCCCGAUAUAGGACCCAUGACGGAGCAAUACCCCCACCUCAUCUUCCACAACUUCAAGACUGACUUGGGCACCAGAACAAUGAACAUACUGAAGUACCUAUUCCCGGUGCCGAAGGAGAGCUCCAAGCGAGUGGUGACGUUCGCGAACCACGACGACUACAUCUGCUUCCGACAACACACUUACAAGAAGGCCGGCAAAGAGAUAGAGCUGUCAGAAAUCGGCCCCCGUUUCCAGAUGAAGCUAUACGAGAUAAAGCUAGGAACCCUCGACUCAAUCGACGCAGCUGACACGGAGUGGGCACUUCGACCCUACAUGAACACAGCGGCCAAGCGACGCUUCCUGAGCCAAGAUGAUGGCUGGCAGGAGGAACAAUAAAUAAAGUUCUAUUUUUGAA